GCAGCCAAAACCAAGGGAGCAAAUUUCAAGGAGUCAUCUCCAGUGUUUCUCCACCAUCUUAAAGAAGUUAAAUGCUGAGAUUAAACUGCUCGUAAAUCUCGUUUUCUUUAUUUUUCCUAUAAAAAAGUGACUUUGAGAGAAGAAAGAUUGAAAGCGAGCUAAGGGAUUUUUUGAUCUUUGAGAAAGGGAUUAGUGGCAGUUUUUGUGUGUGUGUGUGUGUGUGUGGUAAUGGAAGAUGAAAAAUCGACGAUCCUAAUGGCAAGUAGAGAUAUUGAGCUUCUAAUCCCGGUCGCCGAUUCCGUCCAUGAUGAUUCCUCUAAACCGUCUUCUUCCUCUUCCCCGCGUCAAGCCGGUCAAGAGACCUUUUACAAAGUUUUUAGGAGUUGGGCUUCUAAGAAGUUCGUGACAGGAUGCGUCAUUCUGUUUCCUAUAGCUGUCACAGUCUACAUAACAUGGUGGUUUAUUCACUUUGUGGAUGGCUUUUUCUCUCCAAUUUAUGUUCAACUUGGAAUUGAUAUAUUCGGUCUUGGAUUUAUAACUUCUUUAACAUUCAUCUUCUUGAUUGGGGUGUUCAUGUCAUCUUGGUUGGGAGCAUCUGUCCUGAACCUUGGUGAGUGGUUUAUCAAGCGGAUGCCAUUUGUUCGACAUAUCUACAAUGCUUCCAAGCAAAUUAGUUCCGCCAUAUCUCCAGAUCAGAACACACAGGCCUUCAAGGAAGUAGCCAUCAUAAGGCAUCCACGUGUUGGUGAAUACGCGUUUGGGUUCAUCACUUCAUCUGUUACUCUGCAGAGCUACUCCGGUGAAGAAAAGCUAUGUUGUGUCUAUGUUCCUACGAAUCAUCUUUACAUUGGUGAUAUAUUCCUUAUCAAUACUGAGGAUGUUUUCAGACCGAAUCUAUCAGUCCGUGAAGGAAUCGAAAUCGUCGUGUCGGGAGGGAUGUCCAUGCCCCAGAUCCUGUCAACACUCGACACACGUUUGCCUCUUGAAAGAAGUAGAUCCGACAGAAGCUAAGUUUAACGUAGCAGUUGUAGGGUUUUAUUUUCUCUGAUCUCGGAUUCAAAUCAUCGGAGAACCCGCACAAUGGACGUGUUGGUAAUACAGGAUCAGAUUUUAGAUUUGUUAGUUGUGUGCCUGAUUCUGGUGGCACAUGUAACGUUGCAUGUUCACGUAGAAUGUAAAACAUUUGCUCUUCAAAUGAAGUUUGGUCGAAAAUACUAGCCAGAUGCCUGGUUGGUGUUUGAUGUUGUA